AGGGCGACUGGUCAGGAGGGAGGCGACCAAAGGAGGCCAGGCAGGGGCUUUGGCUUCCCUGGGGUCUGAUUGGAGGUUGGCCCGAUGAGUCGGAGCUGGGGGCGCGCCCAUCUCCACUGGCUUGGGCGACUGCCGCUGGCUCAGCCCCUCCCCGGAGCCGCUUUGUCCCGGGUGACAGCGGUGGAGGUUGCGGGAGCACCAGCUGGAGGCACAGCCCGGGUGACCCGGCGACCCGGAGAGCGAGAGGCGGCGCUCAGUGCGCACGGCUCCACGCCCAGGCCCGCGGGCACCGCGCUCGCCCCUGCCGUCAGGUGAGCAGGCAGAGCCGCGCCCGCAGCCUGCUGCCCCGAGGACCCCCGAGCCGCUGCCGCUGUCACUGCCGCCACAGCGGCGCAUCGCAGACGUCCUGCAGGGAUGAGGGGAGACGCCUACUUCAUUGGAAUGAGGAGCCUGGGGCAGCAGACAUCCAUCCCUGAAGACGGGGGACUUUUCUUCCUCUGUUGCAUAGACAGAGACUGGGCUGUCACUCAGUGUUUUGCUGAAGAGGCCUUCCAAGCACUCACUGACUUCAAUGAUCUCCCCAACUCAUUGUUUGCCUGCAAUGUUCACCAGUCUGUGUUUGAAGAAGAAGAGAGCAAGGAAAAAUUCGAAGGACUGUUCCGGACCUAUGAUGAAUGUGUGACGUUCCAGCUGUUUAAGAGUUUCCGACGGGUUCGAAUAAAUUUCAGCCACCCCAAAUCUGCAGCCCGUGCCCGGAUAGAGCUUCAUGAGACCCAGUUCAGAGGGAAGAAGCUAAAACUCUACUUUGCCCAGGUCCAGACCCCAGAGACAGAUGGAGACAAACUGCAUUUGGCACCCCCACAGCCUGCCAAACAGUUCCUCAUCUCACCCCCUUCAUCUCCUCCUGUUGGCUGGAAGCCUAUCAGCGAUGCCACACCAGUCCUCAACUAUGACCUCCUUUAUGCCGUGGCCAAACUAGGACCAGGAGAAAAGUAUGAGCUGCAUGCGGGGACCGAGUCUACACCAAGCGUCGUCGUGCACGUGUGCGACAGUGACAUGGAGGAAGAGGAGGAUCCAAAAACUUCCCCAAAGCCAAAAAUCAUCCAGACCCGGCGUCCCGGCCUGCCACCUUCCGUGUCCAACUGAGCAUGUCCAUGAUAACAUGCAUCUCCUCUUAUCAUGCUUUUCCCCCUUGUUGUUUGUCCAAAAAGUUAAUUGCCUUUAAGUCCCUGGGUGUUUGGUUGUUUGCGAAUCCUUCCUUGUAAUUAAGCCUCUCGGACAAAAGGGCUAGGAAAAGGUGAUAUGUCUCCCAACCAACUCAUACCCAUUAACUACAAUCCGUCAUUUAGAAAGUUCUAAACAAAGGGUAGUAUUUUCUUAUUGAACAAUCAGUACAGCCUAUAUCUCUGUUCUCUCAUGUUGAUCCAAGCCAGAGACAUUAGUAAUGAAUAGUCUUUAUGUUGUUUGUGAGCUGCUCCAGUUCAGUUCUUGUGUAUGUGUGUGUGUGUGUGUGUGUGUGUGUGUGUGUGUGUGUGGUGUGAUGUUUUUUUUCUUUUUUUUUCCUGGCCACUUAUAUAGGACCAUAAGUAAACUUGGCUUUGACUGCAUGAGAUCCCCCUAUCUGGUCUCACCCAGUCCUCUGCAUCCCGACAUUCCCAGGACAUGCACGAUCACCAGCAUUUAUUUUGAUGAUUUGAGGAUAUGCCCCAACUUGUGGUAUCCCAGCCCUGUCCUGUAUAGACAAGGGGCAUCCGCAGCACCCUUCUGCUCAAUAAGUCUGGGAAUCAUUAUUAGUUUGAGUCAAUACAUCAUAGAACUCUGUCCAAAUUCCUGGAGGUAAAAUUGAGCCUGGCCCCAAAGAUAUUCCUCAAUAGAUUCUGAACACCACUACCACGUAGGACUACCUGGUGUUACUGGGGAGGCUUGUCCAAGUGACAGAGACAAACCUAUUUAUUUCAGACAAACUUAUUUAUUAUAAAAGUCUCAUAGUGUCUGAACGAUUAUCCACCACUCCUUUGUAUAUUUGUACAGAUGUUUGAGCUGUGCUUUUAAAAUUCUGGAUGUUUUUUAUUUAGUGGUUGUUCAACCAUUAGCUGCUUAAUGACAUCAUACCUGUGUUGCUUCUGAAUGCAUUCUGAUUCUAAUAUAGAUGAUCUGAUACUAUUAUGCUCUAUUACGGUUCCUGCUAAGUUGCAAAAGGGUAUGGCAAUGUCUCAUGCCAAUAGAUAACUGAUUAGUCAACCUGUUUGUUAUCCAGACCACCUGUUUUCAAACAAAGAUCCAAGUAUCAGUUAAUAAGCAACUUGGGUGACACUAAAUCCCAGAACGUAUACAGCUGAGCAUUUCAGAGCACAAAGGAUGAUGGGUAAAUGGAUGCCCCUCCCAUUCAUCCAGUGCCCAUGUGCUCCACAGUUCCUUGUUUUUUGUUACGUGUGACUUUUGUAUUUCUCUAGCCCAAAGUGCAUUACAGAAGAUACACCUGCAGAACCAUACUUUCUGCUCCAUGUGUCAAAGCCUCAUCUAUUCCUGUUCAUUAACUAUUAACUUUGGAUGCAAAUACCACUCACCACACAACAGGCAGGGACUUUCAUGGCCUAAGCCUCAGAAUAAUACACAAGAACACUAACACAGCCACCUGAUGGGGGGAAUUAUUGUGGUUUUUUGAUUAAGGUGUAUGUUAGUUAGUUUCAGCAGAAACUUAAACCUAGACUGAUCACUCAGAAAAUUAAAGUCCGUUCUACUGUGAAAUUUAGCAAUAUAGUGCCGGACACGGUACAGUACGGUUGAGACGGAGGACAGUAUUGCUUGUGGAAUCCUGAGUUUCCACGGGGAAAACAAGUCUCCUUUUCAAAAUCAGAUCUGAGGAGUAUACAAUAAGCAAAGGCUUUGACUUUCCUUUGUUGUGGAAGGUUUUGGGUUUUUUUCAAUUGGCUACAGAAAGACUACAAAUAGUGGCGAGAUGAUGCCCUCUGGUGGCAGAAGCAUUGAACUCCGUUGUAUAGAUGGAUUGAUUACAACACUCCACAUUAGCUUUCAGGAUGCAGGUUCUAAGAGAGAGAGGAAAAAAAAAUCUAAAGGAGAGAAAGCCUUAGAAAUAAUUUGUGCUUCCAAACAGUGAUAGGAGAAAUUUCUAAUUUAGUAAAAGUUGGCAUGCAUAGGCAUUAAGAACUCAGUGUUAUAGAUGGCCCAGGUGAUUAGUCUUAGUAAACUGUAUUGCCAUAUGUCGAUGUUAACCUGCUGCAGAUCAAGGGAUUCUCGCUCUAGGUUGAGCAUGGGGAAGAGAGAGGGGGAGCUUUCCCCAGAAGGAAUGGGGAAGCCAUGGAACCUCCCAGCACUGAGAAAGUCGCCUCAACACUUCCAUGACGCUCAUUAUGCAAACCUCUUUAGCGCUCUUUUAAGUUUGAAAUGUUUUAAAUGGAGGGGAAGGGGAAGGUUUCCACCAACUGAAUCAUUUGUGCACGUGUACAGCUCAAAGAGCUUAGAGUUCAAAUAUAUCUGGUGAAUGAA